GGAGAGUUUGUACCACAGAUUACCAUAAUAGUUACUGUUUGUAGAUAAUAAUAUUAGGUUGAAGGAAUGUGUGUAUGUCGGUCUUUUUUUAAAUAUAAUAUUAAGUAAUUAAGACUGAGCAAAAAUUGCAUUUAAAAAAUAGUUUAUAAUUUUCAUUUAAGCCAAAUAUAUACUUUAUUUACGAAACAAUUUAAGGAUGAUGUCUAAAAUUCAUCGCUUCAAUUCCAUGAUACUACCUCGUUUACCUCCUGCAUUCAGCACGGCUUCAGGAACCGCUGUCAAACCUAAGACUGCUAUAGUCAUGCUGAAUAUGGGUGGGCCGGAGACCACGGACCAGGUUGGUGACUAUCUUCACAGGAUAAUGACAGACAGAGACAUGAUCCAGCUUCCGGUGCAGAGUAAACUGGGACCGUGGAUAGCCAGUAGAAGGACCGAGGAAGUCAAGAAGAAGUAUUCGGAGAUUGGUGGAGGAUCACCUAUAUUGAAAUGGACAAAUAGUCAAGGUAGCUUAUUAACGCAGGCCUUAGAUCAGAUGCUCCCGGAGUCAGCCCCUCAUAAGCACUACGUGGCGUUCAGAUACGUUCCUCCGUUCACGGAAGACGCCUUCAGGGAGGUGGAAAGCGACGGAGCGGACAGAGUUAUCAUAUUCUCGCAGUAUCCUCAGUACAGUUGUGCGACGACUGGUUCUAGUCUGAACGCGAUCGCGGAUUUCUAUAGGAACAGGACGACACCGGCAAACGUAAAGUUUAGUUUGAUAGAACGCUGGGCGUCCCACAAGCUGUUGGCGAAGGUCUUCUCCGAGAGGAUCAAGGAGAAACUGGACAAAUUCGAUGAGAAGAUCAGGGAUGACGUAUUGAUACUGUUCACGGCGCAUAGUCUGCCUUUGAAGGCCGUAUCGAGAGGCGACACGUAUCCUCACGAGGUGGCCUCCACCGUAUCGAGGACCAUGGAGGAGCUCGGCGGCCGGAAUCCGCACCGGCUGGUCUGGCAGUCGAAGGUGGGCCCCCUGCCCUGGCUCCAGCCCUAUACCGACGACGCGAUCAAGUUGUACGCGAAGCAAGGAGUCAAGCACCUGAUCCUGGUGCCAGUGGCCUUCGUCAACGAACACAUCGAGACCCUGCACGAGCUGGACAUCGAGUACUGCGACGAGGUAGCCAAGGAGGCCGGGAUCCUCCAAAUCGAGAGGGCGGAGGCGCCGAACGUGCACCCCACGUUCAUCGCGGCGCUGGCGGACGUCGUCGCGGGCCACAUCAGCAACGGACCGAGGAUCUCGAAGCAGUUCCUGACCAGAUGUCCACAUUGCGUGAGUCAGAGAUGUCUCGCGUCGAAAGAGUUCUUCAAGAGAUUGUGUGGCGCCGAUCAGAACGUGGAUAAAAUAGGAUCUUAAGUAUAGGAAUGGCGUAUGAGUAGAAAAUAGCAUUUAAAUGUAUAAGCGUGGGUAAAUAAUGGCGCUAUAAAAAGUGAAUGAACUGGUGUAAUAAAAAUCAAACCCGUAAAUUAUAAUUAGCGUAAUUACUGGUGGUAGGACGUCUUGUGAGUGUAUCUGCCGUGAAGCAGUUUGAAGGGCGGGACAGCCGUUGUAACUAUACUGAGACCUUAGAACUUAUGUCUCAAGGUGGGUGGUGGGAUUUACGUUGUAGAUGUCCAUGGGCUCCGGUGACCCCUUAACAUCAGGUGGGCCGUGAGCUCGUCCAUCUAAGCAAUAAAAAAAAAAUGUUCCGUUCUUAUCAAUCCUACAUGCAUAUAAUACAUAUAAAUAUAUAAUUCGUAUUGUGAACAGUAGGCAGGGGUUUGGCUCUGCCCCUGGCAUUGCUGAAGUCCAUGGGCGACGGUGACCACUCACCAUCAGGUGGCCCGUAUGCUCGUCUGCCUACGAGGGCACUAAAAGCAAAAGUUUUUUGAUUUAUUUAUUUUCCUUGUGUAUGUGUUCCUAUUUAUAAGUAAAUAAAUAAUUUGUUAAUUGUUUUGCGUAACUUGGUUGUGGAAAAUAAAAUAAAAAACUUAUGAAUAUA